AGCACAUACGACUGAUUAGUAAGGUGUUCACCUGCUUGAAACUUCUUAGUUAAGUAUUAAAAAAAAUGUUGGUGAAACAGUUGCAAAAAGUUUUGUCAAACAACAACAUUUAUAGCCAAACUGCAAUAAAGCUCAUUGCCUGUUACUCCACCAAAGUUAAGACACAUAAAAUCUUCGAAAGUGCUGCUGCGGCAGUUGCGGAUAUACCGAAUGGCUCCAAACUCUUAUUCGGUGGAUUCGGUGUGUGUGGCAUACCUGAGAAAUUGAUUGAUGCUUUGCGGGAAAAGGGUGUCAAGGAUAUAACUGCAGUUUCAAAUAAUGGAGGCGUCGAAGAUUUUGGUAUCGGUAUACUUAUUAAGAACAAGCAAAUCAGUAAAAUGAUAGCUUCUUAUGUGGGUGAAAAUAAAGAACUGGUUCGACAAUAUCUCGCUGGCGAUUUAGCCAUUGAGUUGACACCACAAGGCACAAUUGCCGAAAAAAUCAGAGCCGGUGGCGCGGGUAUUCCGGCAUUUUUCACACCCACCGGUUAUGGUACGCUUGUACAAAAAGGUGGCGCGCCCAUCAAGUAUGGAAAGGAUGGAAAGAUUGCGGUUGCCAGUAAACCCAAACCCGUGCAGACCUUUAAUGGCAAAGACUAUGUGUUGGAAGAAUCCAUUUUCGGCGAUUACGCUAUUAUAAAGGCGCACAGAGCUGAUCCAUAUGGCAAUUUAAUGUUCAAUAAGUCCGCACGUAAUUUCAAUGCACCGAUGAGCAGGGCGGCUAAGGUUACCAUUGUUGAGGUUGAAGACAUUGUGCCAGUUGGUGCACUAAAUCCCGCUGAGGUGCAUAUUCCCGGCAUAUAUGUGGACCGUAUUGUUAAGGGUAACAACUAUAAUAAACGUGUGGAACGUCUGCGUUUGCGUGAUGAUGGCGAAUCUGCAAAAUCGAGUCCGGGGCAGGAGUUACGUGAACGCAUCGCUAAGCGUGUAGCUUUGGAGUUCCGCGAUGGCAUGUACGUCAAUUUAGGCAUAGGCAUGCCAGUGCUGUCUUCAAAUUAUAUACCAAAAGGCAUGAAUGUCAUGUUGCAAUCCGAAAAUGGAAUAUUAGGUUUGGGACCGUUCCCAACCAAGGAACAAGUCGAUCCCGAUCUAAUUAAUGCAGGCAAGGAGAGUGUUACCGUUGUGCCUGGUGCGUCGUAUUUCGGUUCCGAUGACAGUUUUGCCAUGAUUCGUGGCGGUCAUGUCGAUAUAACCAUACUCGGUGCGAUGGAAGUGUCGGCAACCGGUGAUUUAGCCAAUUGGAUGAUACCCGGCAAGCUUGUGAAGGGCAUGGGUGGCGCUAUGGAUUUGGUAGCUGCUCCGGGCACCAAAGUUAUUAUCACAAUGGAACAUAACGCCAAGGAUGGUUCACCGAAAAUUUUGGACAGAUGCACAUUACCUUUAACGGGUCAAGGCAUAGUUGAUCUGAUUAUUUCGGAGAAGGCCGUUUUCACUGUAGAAAAGGGCGUUGGCUUGACUUUGACUGAAAUUGCCGACGGUUACUCGGUGGAGGACCUAAGAUCUUGCACAGGCGCGCAAUUCGAAGUCUCGCCCGAACUUAAAAAGAUGGCUCAAAUCGAUGAAAACUAGUAAUUACUGUGUGCCUUACCGACCGUUCAAUUGUUGUCGUGUAUUUGUAAAAUAACUGAAUAUUUUUGUAAGAGUUCUAUUAAGUCAAAGAAUUGUUGCUUUGUCAAAAUAAGUAAACUUAAAAGUGAUACGUCUGCAUUUAUUGUACUAAGUAUUUUGUAUUUGGUAUUUUACACGAUGUUAAAUAAAACGAAAAUAUAUUUUUUACCACCAUUCGCAAUGUAA